AUGCAACGUCUCACCCCCGAGCAGCUCAAAGCGUUUCAUCGCGACGGGUUCCUCGUCAUACCUGACGCUCUCUCUGCUUCAACGUGCGACGAAUUGCGGGCCAGAGCUCGUGAACUCGUCGCUCAGUGCGAUCCACACCGCCACCGCUGCAUCUUCACGACCAACGAACAGACGCGGCGCCUGAAUGACGAGUACUUCCUCGACUCGGGCGACCAGAUCCGCUGUUUCUUUGAGGAGCACGCGUUCCAAGAAGACCAGACGACGCUGGCGGUGCCGCUGCACGUGGCGAUCAACAAGAUUGGCCACAACCUCCACAACCUCGACCCAGUCUUUGAGAGCGUGAGCUACGCUCCCGAAGUCCAGACCAUCCUCAAGUCACUCCAGUAUGUACGUCCUGCUGUCGUGCAGUCCAUGUAUAUCUUCAAACAGCCAAGUAUUGGGGGAGAAGUGAAGCCCCAUCAGGACGGCAGCUUCCUGUACACCACCCCACAGUCGGUAGUGGGGUUCUGGUGGGCUUUAGAAGACUGCACGCCAGAGAACGGCUGUCUCUACGGCGUUCCUGGCUCUCACUUGGCGGUGCCCGUGCGGCAGAAACUCCGACGUACCACGAAGGAGCAGCAAGAAGCGAACGGAGGACGACUGCUGGAAAAUGUACCGGAGACGGUGGAGCCCUUUGAUCUGAGCAAGAGCCAGCCAUUGCGGACGAACAAGGGAGAUCUGGUGCUGCUGCACAGCGCGUUCGUGCACUACAGUAACGCCAACCGAUCGCUUCAGUCCCGCCACGCGUAUUCGAUUCACGUGGUGGAGAGUCACAAGGUGGACUACGGAAGGGACAACUGGUUGCAACCCACAGACAACGUGCCGUUCAAGCCCAUGUACGAGAGCUAA